AGGGGGCGGAGGGGACGGUGGCGGCUCCUGGGCGGGAGCCGGGGCGGGGGGCCGCGCCUUCCUCCGGUGGGCCCGGCUCGGAGCCCCCACCCUGCCUCGGGCUUCACCGGCGGAGCGCCCGGCCGCCCCACCGGAAGCGCGAGGCCGAGUUCCAAGCCAUUGUUGUCCCUUCGGGCCGGGGCUGCGCGCUCCCUCCCGCCGCCGCCGCCUCCCCGGCCUCCCCGGAGCCGCAGGGGCCAGGCAGCGGGCUGUCUUCCGCGCCGCGUUCCCCCGACGUGAUUACUUAUAGGUGGCAGCACAGAAGCUGAGUGGAGAACGUGUCCAGGGAGAGAGAUGCUGCUGAAGAAUCAAGUAAGGUGUCUGCUUCAGGAUGUACACAGAAGGCGAGGCUAAGAAGAUAGGAGUGGUUGGCUGGGUGAAGAAUACCAACAAAGGCACUGUGACAGGUCAGGUGCAAGGCCCUGAGGAGAAAGUCAACUCCAUGAAGUCCUGGCUGAGCAAGGUUGGAAGUCCUAGUUCUCGCAUUGACCGCACGGACUUUUCUAACGAAAAAACCAUCUCUAAACUUGAGUAUUCUAAUUUUAGUAUUCGAUACUAAUAGAAAUGAUAUUCUUAUGUAUUAGGGUAAUAGUAGCAGAGUAGUAAGAAAAGGAACUCGUAUCUGAAAGCUAUAUUAUACAGAUUACUAAAAACGUCUGACACUGAAAUAGCUCUACUCAACUGUUUUUUCACAAGCAAAAAUUACAAUAGUAUCUAAAAUAAAAAUGUCAUUAUAAAAUACUUAAUAUGAAUAUUUAAUUUAAACUUGUCUCAUGGAAACUAAUUCUAAUGAAUGUUAUAGCUUAUAUGUUAUUUGGCUAGGCUAGACAUAAUAAAGUUAACAGUACUUAAAAAUACUUUUUAAAUGGUUAUCUGAUUUGAAUUCUAAAAUCUUCCAAAUAAUAA